AACAAGCGCCCGUGAACCAGAUAUUACACGCAGCGGGCAUAUACGACAUAUUAAGCACCGAACAUUAGGACCGAUGAGUCUGUCACUGCCGUCGGUGAUUUACAGUUAAUUCGUAUAGAUGUGGUUUGCAGAUUCCGAAACAAUUUAAAUUAUAUAUGCAUGCAUCUACAAGCACCCCUUGAAGCGUGCCAUACGGCUGGGUCGAGCGAAUGUAUGCGUAAAUUUCCCGUAUUCUUGCUAAAUGGCUCAUAGGGGAUGAAGGCCCGCACCGGCCUCGGGGCCACUCCGACCGCCAAGUACUACUCUACGUGUACCUGAGCUUUGAACCUUCUUUUUUUUCACAUGACACUAUGAUAGCUGCGGAGACGUUACACGCAGUCUUCAAUGCUACAGCUUAGCUAACCCUAUGGUUUUGAAAGUGGACCUUGGUGGCACCUUGGUAUCGGAGGGUGAUGAUGCCACUUCGAACCCAAAACACAAUACUUGAGCGCAAACCAAGGCCAGCGGGGUAACAAAAGAAGAUACCAGUUCAACCUCAGACACCUACACUCUCGUGAGAACAAAACCGACGCCAUGCCACACACCAGCACCGACGCGGCAUCAAAUGACACCACCAAAGGCGAUGCCCCGCCGCAAAUCACCGUCCCCUCCUGGAUCAACGGCAUCGAAGAGACCGGCCCCUCAACCUUCGACGUAAUAAGCCCCUACACCAACACCACCUGCUGGACCAGCACCUCCGCCACACCCUCCGACGCCCUCCGCGCCGUAGACGCUGCAUCCGCCGCCUUCCCCGGCUGGUCAGCGACCAAACCCACCGCGCGGCGCGACAUCCUCCUCCGCGCCGCCAACCUCCUCGAGGAGCGCACCGAGGAAAAUGCCGAGAUCAUGCGCACGGAAAUGGGGGCUGACGUAGGCACCUCGCAGUUCUUCGUCGUGCCACUCGCUAUCAAGAUGCUUCGUGAUGUCGCGGGGCGAAUUACCUCUGUCUGCGGCAGCCUGCCAACUGUGGAAGAGGAGGGCCAGAGCGCUAUCGUGUAUAAGGAGCCCAUGGGUGUCAUCCUGGGCAUAGUUCCUUGGAACGCACCCUACGUCUUCGGCAUCCGCUCCGCCGCCACCGCCCUCGCCGGCGGCAACACCACAGUCCUGAAAUCGUCCGACCUCUCCCCGCGCUGCUACUGGGCCAUUGGCCGCGCAUUCGCCGACGCUGGCCUCCCCGCCGGCUGUCUGAAUAUCGUCUCUUGUCGUCCUGCCGACGCGCCCGCCGUCGUCAACGCCAUGAUUGCCCAUCCUGCUGUGCGCAAGAUCAACUUCACAGGUAGCACGUCGGUCGGGCGCCGCGUCGCACAGGAAGCGGGGAUGCAGCUGAAGCCCUGCCUGAUGGAGCUAGGCGGGAAGAACAGCGCGAUUGUGUGCGAAGAUGCUAAUCUCGACGUCGCCGUGCCAUCCAUCAUCGCAGGGGCAUUCUUAAACUCCGGCCAAAUCUGCAUGUCCACCGACCGCAUCGUCCUCCACUCCGCCAUCGCCCCCGCCUUCCUUGCAGCCCUCAAAUCAGCGCUCUCUUCAGCCCCGCCCUCCGACGCCCCUACCCUGGUCUCCGCAGCCUCAAAAGCACGUGUCCAGUCCCUCGUCACGUCCUCCCUCGCCGCCGGCGCGCACCUCAUCCACGGCUCCGUCGACGCCGCCGAACCGGAGGGGAAGGCAUCGAGCAUCCGCCUUGCACCUGUCGUCGUCGGAGGCGCAGGCGACGAGGAUCCCCUCUGGUUGGAGGAGUCGUUCGCGUCGCUCGCGGCGUGCAGGGUGGUGUCGUCUGAUGAGGAGGCGGUGCGGGUCGCGAAUAGUGGGGGGUAUGGGCUGUCGGCUGCUGUGUUCACGGAGGACUUGAGGAGGGGGUUUAAAAUUGCGAAGAAGCUGGAGUCAGGGGCUGUGCAUAUUAAUAGCAUGACGGUGCAUGACGAGCCGGUGUUGCCGCAUGGGGGUGUGAGGAAUAGCGGCUGGGGGAGGUUCAAUGCGAAGGAGGGGCUGGAGGAGUUUCUGGUUACUAAGACUGUGACGUGGAAGGAUUAGGAGUGUGGAGAACGCGUGGCGUUAGCUGGACCUUGCUAGAGCUGGCCUGGGAAUAUAGGAGUGGUUUGUGCGUGGACAAGACUUAGAGGUGUGGGCGGGCAUAUGCUUUAUUUCAUAAUGCAUCUAGCUUUGCAAAACAUCGCGUAUAUAAAACCAACUCUGAAUCUGUGCAUCAUCUCUACUUAAAAGGAGAUAUUUCAAAGCUAGCCACAAUUAGUUUACCGUCCUAAUAAAAUUGGAAUUAAUGUAUACAUACAGAGACUCUUUGGC